UCGCGCGUAUCAGAUGGCAAUGUUGGAAAGUUGGCCAGGCGGUGCAUGCCACUUCAAAAACAUUUGCCAUGACAAGCGAAGGAGUUUCGAACUGUUGCGGGGAAGCGGAGGAGAAGGAGGACGACAACGAGGACAUGGCCAUGGGAUGCUACGACGAUGACGAUGACGACGACUUCAGCGCAUUGACGGAGGGAAACCCCGAGUGGGGCUCGGAGGACGGAGUGCUGGGCUUCAACGAGGGGCUGAGCGGGGAGGUGAAGCCCCGUGUGCUUCUGAUGGGGCUGCGGCGGAGUGGCAAGUCGUCCAUCCAGAAGGUGGUGUUCCAUAAGAUGUCCCCCAACGAGACGCUGUUCCUGGAGAGCACCAACAAGAUCUGCCGCGAGGACGUCUCCAGCAGCUCCUUCGUCAGCUUCCAGAUCUGGGACUUCCCCGGGCAGAUUGACUUCUUUGACCCCACCUUCGACUACGAGAUGAUCUUCAGGGGCACCGGCGCGCUCAUCUUCGUCAUAGACUCGCAGGACGACUAUGUGGAGGCGCUGAGCAGACUGCACCUGACUGUGACCCGGGCAUACAAGGUAAACCCGGACAUCCACUUCGAGGUGUUCAUACAUAAGGUGGACGGCCUGUCCGACGACCACAAGAUCGAGAAGCAGGGGGACAUCCGCAGGCGGGCCAGCGAUGACCUGGCCGACGCGCGGCUUGAGAGGAUUCAUCUAAGCUUUUAUCUGACCAGCAUCUAUGACCACUCCAUAUUUGAAGCUUUCAGCAAAGUGGUGCAGAAGCUUAUCCCACAGCUGCCCACACUGGAGAACCUACUCAACAUCUUCAUAUCUAAUUCUGGCAUCGAGAAGGCCUUCCUGUUCGACGUUGUCAGCAAGAUCUACAUCGCCACAGACAGCUCCCCGGUGGACAUGCAGACCUACGAGCUGUGCUGCGACAUGAUCGACGUGGUCAUCGACAUCUCCUGCAUCUACGGCCUGGCCGAGGAGGAUCCAGCUGUCGGCUCGCCUUACGACAAAGACUCCAUGGCCAUCAUACGUCUGAAUAACACCACUGUGGUGUACCUGAAGGAGGUCACCAAGUUCCUCGCCAUGGUCUGCUUCCUGCGAGAGGAGAGCUUUGAGAGGAAAGGACUCAUCGACUACAACUUCCAUUGUUUUAGAAAAGCCAUUCAAGAGGUGUUUGAUGUCCGUGUGGAGGUUCAGAAGAAUCGCAAGCUCUUAAGUCAGAGGAGGAGGAGCAAGCAAGCAACAGCCAAUGGUGUCGCCGGAAACCCUCAUUGAGACCCGCAGACGACAACAACAACAACGACAACAAUAACACGUAUCUGUAUUUUAACUCUGAUUGGACAAUUCAAGACCAUGGAGUCUUCAGUGUGUUCCAAUUGGCUGUUGAUUUAGACAUGGUUUGGUCAAUGGAGCGAGGUAAGGCCAGAACUAGAUGUCCAAUACUCACAAGGGACCCCCCGCUCCCCUCAGAGGUAUUGCUAGAUUUUUAAUACGGCUCUGCAGAACUGUAAAUAGAACCGCUGUAGUAAAACGUUUUUCACAUUGCUCAUGGGUAACACAUCAACGUUUAUCCCGAAAAAAAUGUCUAAUGCCUCUAUUAUAAUACAAACAAAUCUACUCUUUCAUACCAGGAAAGGACGGUUUACUCUUAUUUUUGUGUUUGUAUUUAUUUAUUUAUUUUUCAUAAAAACGUCUUUUCAGUCGAGGCUUCCAUUCAAACUGGUGAACACAGUGGCCAAUGGCAUCGUUUCAUGUUUGUCCUUGUGCACCAUACAAUACAUGAAUGGUGAUUACUGUUUUGGCAGACGACUAGCUAUGCAUUAGGCUUAUACACAUCAUGUAGAUGUGGUGGCAGAGAAUCUGUGUCAAUGUAACUGAAGGAGAAGGGGAAGGGAUGGUCGGGCUGUGCUGUCGUCGAUCGGGUACAUCACAACGUGGUCGUACAUACACAACUACGGGAAAGACGAGAACACUUGAAUCACAACAAUCCCGAGUUUACCAAAGAAAGGAAGUAGGUGCUUACAAAAGAUUUUUUAUUUUACUUUACUCUCCCCUAUUUGGGUCCCAUGCACAUUUUGUGUGCCUUUGUCAAGUGAUAUUGAGCAAAGAAUUUAAUUACUUUGGAUUGUUAUAACACAAACUUUCAUCUUGUUUAAUUAAUUUACAGCUUUUGUUGUCACAUUGGCAUCCCUAUCGACCUUGGGCUAAUGUAUUUUCUACUAGGGCAACUCAUUGCUUCUGAAACCUUUUGCUUUCUUUCCAAUCAGUCCUGUACGAUUUAACAAUAUUCGGGAAGUGAGGAAUCGCUACGUUAACAACGAUUAUAAACAGAUCCUGUCCAAAUCAAUUGGUCUGCCUCUUUGUAAUUCGGUCCAGUUUGACAUAUACAAAUACAGUCGUGCCAGUCUGCACAUUUUCUUGAACACAAAACUUUUCGGCCCACCAAGUGCACUGUCUGCAGCUUUAAGUGCUUUCUGAGCUCCCAACCUCCAAGUUGUCAUCAUGACAACCCUAAGUGGACCACUUAUUUUUCACUCAAACCUUUUCUUUUCUGCUCUCUCUCGAUCCGUCUCUGUCGCUCUGUCACACCCAUUGUGUGUGUGUGUGUUUGUGUGUGUGUGUGUUGAUGUUGGUGUAUUAGUUUAGACUUUUGGAAUGCCAAUUACAUUUAGAAAAAGAAGAGUAACCUCCACCGUUCAGUGUUUGACAGCGGCCAUUAGCAUCGUCAUUCAGUACAACAGAGGGCAGGUCUGCCUUGGAGAGGGAGGGGAGGGCCAGACAAGUCGACCACCCCUACCCAGCCUGCAUCCCCCCAACGCUCCCCAUCUUUGCCGGCAUUAACGUGGUCUGGGGGUCCAAGCGUACCGUCACCUAUGUCAUCCAGGUGCAGGGAUGCACUGGUUGUCAUCCAGGCCCUCCACAUCAGGGAUGGAUCCCUACAGACCCAGGGCUCAGAGGGGGAGCUGACCCUGGGGCCACCGACCACCGACUGACUUUGAGCUGUAGGUAAGGUUUAAGAGCUAUAACUGGAGUAUCAUUUGUACAAAAUGCCGUUGCCGUCAGUAAGCCAUUAGUGAGAUAAAAUGCCGUGUGAGAAUAUCUGUUUCAAGGUGAGCGCACGCCAGCCUAUAAGGAAGACCAGUUAGAGUUCUGACCGCCGCGGGCUAAUUUUAGCCCAGAGAAUCCAUCUUGCCUUUCAAUCACAUGUUGGCACACAGCGUUAUCACAGCUCGGCCACGGGAGCAUCCACAUGCUCCGUUGAAACAGCUGAAAUCUGUGGAUGUGAAGUUGAAAAGUCUCACAAUCAAAUAAAUGUUUAGGCCUUCACACCUGCAUAACGUGAUUCAGUUUGAUCAGACUGUAUAACUGCUGUAGACAACAGAUCGUAUUGAUCCUCUUCACGUUUGCCUAAAUUGGUUAAUCCAUUGUAGCAUAUGUUUGCUAUUUUGGAGAUUGUCUGGCAUUAUUCCAGAGUGCAGAAACCCUUAUUUCACAAGUCAGUUCAACAUAAACUUCAGAUGGUUGGCCUCUUCCUGGAGCGAUCAGGCCUGGCUAAAUGGAAAGCAAACAGUGCAAGCUGUCAACUGUUUGAAAAGAGCAGGAAAUCUCCAAUGGGAAGUCCGGGGUGAAUGGAAACCUGUCUCAAUGGGUCCUCCCGAAAAAUGGUUGGGAUAAGAUGGUAUUUUAUCAAUCCCCUGCGGUUAAGAGAUGCUGUGACGGGCUGCCACUCGCAUCUUCAGCUCAACAAACUGAGUGAUGGAGCCUUAAAACAAAGAGCUCGCCCAUCUCAGUGAAUUAGUGUGCAAGCUUACAUCAAACCUAAGUCCGGCCUGGACUGGGACAGUCCCUGGCCUUUCGGCCGAGUCCAGCCCGUCAUUAUCUUUGUAUACCAUGGACAGCCAUCUUUUAUUUAACAAUUCAGUUCGGCAGGGGCGGAAGUAAGUCCAAACAUAUCAUUCAAAGUGGCAUAUUUGGCACCAUCUGCCUCAAGGGCCUGUCAAUUUUUUCCGACUUCAAUUUUUCAGUGCCUCUCUUGCGUUUUGUCUUAUCAUUUUUGGAACUCAUUUUUUUUUGCCUUAACGCUGUUUAAUGAAGGCACAAAGCCCAAAGGUUUGGGGUUUAAAGAUUUGAUUGCGCCAGCCCAAUGGCGAUUAAACAUUCAGCCGUCCAAGAUGCUAUGGUUGAGCAACCUGAAUUAACUCGGAGAUACUGCAUGGAGCAGUGGUUGGAGGAUGGUGGUUGGCAUGAUGUAACCGUCAACAUGAAUAGUGCAAAUGGGAAAAUCGCUGAGAAAAUAUUGUAUUGUUUGCUAUUGAGGUCCAAGGCAAUUAUCUACUUUGCCUAUGGAUUACAAAUCGGCUGUAGCUUGUUGUCCUAACAUGUUAAGAUUACACGUGUGUGGGCUUUCUGCCAUG